CACUGAUUCACUACUGCUAAGAGAAAGUGGCUUUCUAGUCAGAGACAGGUGUGAGGAGAGAGAGAGAGAGAGAGAGAGAGAGAGAGAUGUGCGUGUUUUUUGUGAGCUCCUAUAUGUAUAUGAUUUAUAUGAAAGACGAUUCUGUGCGUAACUGAUCGGAAAUGGCGGAACACGAGGCUACCAGCAUUUGAAGUUUCUUCUUCGAUCUUACGAAGUUCGAAGCUGGGAAAAAGAAUUCGGUCUGAGGAGGCAUCUCAACAUCUGCAAAUCCUUCAAAUGGUUGAUAAAGAAAGCAUUGAUAAAUUUACUGAUUACUCUACUGAUUUCAAUAAAGAAUCGAAGGAGGGGAGGGGAGAAGAAUCAGAUUCUGAUACAAUAAAUGGUUCAGUAUCGUCUCAAGGGGAUACACAAAUAGCUGAGGAUCAGAAAGUAGAAAGAGCUUCAGGAGUUCCAAAAAGGAUUGCCAAAAAGAAUACCUCUGACAGUUGUUCCCGUUCAUCAAGAUUAAAGUCUGACCGGGGGAAAAAUAUUGCACAGAGAAAGCAAAACACUCCAAACAAAGCCACAAAAUCAAAUAAAGGACUUUCUGUAUCCGCAACCAAAAAUAUGUCUGAUAACAACUCAAAAAUUAUGAAAGUUCAUCCAAAACCUUCAUCAGAAUCCUCUGAAGGAGUUGAUGAUAAGCUUCUUGUAGACGCAAAGGAAGUGGAUAUCAUGGAUGAAGCCUCAAAUGGAGCUCAGAGUGUUGAGAGUGAUGAUGAAACUGUCAAUGCUGAGGAAAAUGGAGACCAUGAAGACAACAUGGCUUUGGAUAAAAAAAUUGAAGAAAUGGAAAUGAGAAUUGAGAAACUUGAAGAGGAGCUUAGAGAAGUUGCGGCUCUUGAAAUUUCGCUUUAUUCUGUGGUACCAGAGCAUGGCAGCUCGGCACAUAAGCUGCACACACCAGCAAGGCGCCUUUCCCGACUAUAUAUCCAUGCUUGCAAAAAUUGGUCUCAAGAUAAGCGGGCCACGGUUGCUAGGAAUUCUGUAUCGGGGCUUGUUUUGAUUGCCAAGUCCUGUGGCAACGAUGUUCCGAGGUUAACUUUCUGGUUGUCAAACACAGUCGUUCUGAGGGAAGUUAUUUCUCAAGCAUUUGGCAGUUCGUGUCAUUCAAGUGCUCUAACAAAGAUUAUUGAAUCAAAUGGAGGAGAGAAGAAUAGCAAAGGGACGCCUUCAUCACUAAAAUGGAAUGGUAGUUCUGGCAGCAGACAAUCAAACAAACUUGGUUUCAUGCAGUUCAUUGAUGACUGGCAGGAAACAAGAACCUUCACAGCUUCACUCGAGAAAGUUGAAUCCUGGAUUUUCUCUCGCAUAGUUGAAUCAAUAUGGUGGCAGACCUUGGCUCCUAAUAUGCAAUCUCCAGCUGAGGAUUCGAAUAACAAUAAAACUAUUGGAAGGAUCUUGGGACCUGCCUUGGGUGACCAGCAGCAGGGCAGCUUUUCCAUCAACCUUUGGAAGAAUGCCUUCCAGGAUGCUUUUAACAGACUUUGUCCCGUUCGUGCAGGGGGACAUGAAUGUGGUUGCUUGCCUGUCUUGGCAAGAAUGGUAAUGGAACAAUGUGUUUCCAGAUUAGACGUAGCCAUGUUCAAUGCUAUUCUCCGUGAGUCUGCGCAUGAGAUCCCAACUGAUCCUGUAUCAGAUCCUAUACUUGACCCCAAGGUUUUGCCCAUACCAGCUGGAGAUUUGAGCUUUGGGUCUGGUGCACAACUCAAGAAUUCGGUUGGCAAUUGGUCUAGGUGGCUUACUGAUUUGUUUGGCAUGGACACUGAUGAUUCUGUAAAAGAAGAACAGCACAUCAGCAAGGAUGAUAGCAACAAGGGUGGAGAUGAACCAAAAUGUUUCCAUCUUCUUAAUACUUUGAGUGAUCUUUUAAUGCUUCCAAAAGACAUGCUUAUGGACCGAUCAAUCAGAACAGAGGUGUGUCCAUCAAUUAGCCUUCCAUUGGUCAAGCGAAUACUCUGCAACUUUACGCCAGAUGAGUUCUGUCCAGAUCCUGUUCCAGGCGCUGUGUUAGAGGCAGUAAAUGCUGAGUGUAUCAUAGAGCGCAGAUUAUCGGGAGAGACUUCCAGCAGCUUCCCUUACGCAGCUACCCCAGUUAUGUAUACACCUCCUUCCUCCGCUGAUGUGGCGGAGAAAGUUGCCGAGGCUGGAGGGACGUCCCAGUUGACUCGGAGUGCAUCUGUUAUACAGAGAAAGGGAUACACCAGUGACGAAGAACUCGAGGAACUAGAUUCCCCUCUAACAUCUAUCAUUGAGAAAUUCCCGUCAUCCCCUACUAUUACAGCGAAUGGAAACGGAAAACACAAGGAUCAAACCGCUGAUGUUGGUGCCAAUUCAAGGUAUGAACUCCUCCGAGAGGUUUGGUUAGCAUAGAUGUAUGUAUAUUGUUUGUUUUUGUAUCAAGCAAACUGGAAACGAUGUUGAAAAUAGGAAAAUCAUGAAUAGUUGAAAGUGCAAUGAGGAAGAAUGUGAGGAAUGAUAGUUUCCAUGACAUUCUUCAACGUGUUCAAAGCCAUAAGUUUGGUUGUAUAUUGGACCUAUCUGAUUAUUUUUGUAUGAAAUUGUUUUAUAAAAUCUCUAUUGCAUACAAAUUUUUUUCCCUUUA